AUAGAGUACGGGGAGAACACGUGAACGGACAUUUGGGCGCUUCACCGACCUCCCACCCUGUUUAAACACAUCCAUCUCAUUCUCAGGUUAGUUCCUCUGUCUCACUUCUUCAAUCCCUGUCUCAGAUGCGUUCCUUUCUGGCAAUCACAAGCUUUAAGUUGGCCAAGGUGAAGUUUUUAUCGGGUAAAGUUUCGAUCUUUCAUGUCUGCCUACUGUGAUUAGGGUUCUGAUAUAUGGAGGUAGCAGCUGUUUUACAUGUGUUCUCUGCUUUGUUUUCCCCAAGGUUUUUUGGGGGUUGCUGAUUUAUUUUGUUCUUUUUUUUUCUAAUUUAAGUCUACGAGAUUGUUGUUUCGUACUUGUUUUUAUGAAAAGAAAAGAUUUUUUGUUUAAAUCUGGAAGUUUGAAAAGUUAAGAAAGAUUGGUCCCUUUUAGAUCAUUAGUUUGUCGCUUUUGGAAUUUGAUAGACUGUUUGCUUAAUAAUUUAAACCAAAAAUUUCCAUUUUUCAUUCAAUUUUGACUGCAAGACCUGUGAUUUUGACCUCCUGAUUCAUGUUUGUCUCCAAGGCGAUGCCUAAAUCUCAUUGUUUUUAAGAACCAUGAGAUGCAUAGCAUCAAAGGCUCUUCCACGUCGCAUAAACCUGGAAAUAGCUUUCUCAAGUUCUAGAGCUUGCUAUGAAGGUAAGGAUGAUGGAAUGGAAGCUCUCAUUAAGAGGGCCCUCAAUUCGGGAACGAGAUGAAGUCCCUCAGUUUCAGUAGAAGGGACUUCCACUCGAUGGCUCUCAAGGUUUUUUGCCCGGAAAGGUUUCUACUUGAAGGUUCUGUAAAAUCAGAAACAAGGAUUUCCAUAAGGAGCUCCAAAUCUAGUCCUUUGAAGAUGAGAUCACUCGAAUCGAGCUUGAAUAUAUCGACUGAGUGUCCCAAGCACCAAGCUGCUGUGAAACUGCAGAAAAUCUACAAAGGAUUUCAAACUCGAAGGAGGCUUGCGGAUUGUGCUGUUCUCAUAGAACAGCGUUGGUGGAAAUUGUUGGAUUUUGCACUGCUCAAACUAAGUUCUGUGUCAUUUUUCGAUAUCGAGAAACCGGAAACUGCGAUUUCUCGAUGGUCCCGUGCAAGAACCAGAGCUGCUAAGGUUGGCAAAGGUUUGUCAAAGGAUGAGAAAGCUCAGAAACUAGCUUUGCAGCAUUGGCUAGAAGCAAUCGAUCCUCGACAUCGUUAUGGCCACAAUCUCCAAUUCUAUUAUGAUUGUUGGCUUCAAUGUGAGAGCAUGGAGCCCUUCUUCUAUUGGCUUGAUGUUGGAGAAGGAAAGGAGGUCAAUCUCGAAGAACAGUGCCCACGGUCGAGACUUCAACAACAGUGCGUCAAGUAUCUUGGCCCCAAAGAAAGGGAGGCUUAUGAAGUAGUAAUUGAGGAUGGAAAAUUCUUCUACAAACAGAGCAGACAAUUGCUGAACACAUCUGAUAGUCCUCAAGAUGCUAAGUGGAUUUUUGUCUUGAGCACAUCAAAGAAUUUAUAUGUUGGUCAGAAGAAAAAAGGUAAAUUUCAGCACUCAAGUUUCCUUGCUGGAGGAGCCACAUCUGCUGCUGGGCAAUUAGUUGUAGAAGAUGGAAUUCUCAAGGCUGUGUGUUCUCAUAGUGGGCACUACCGACCGACAGAAGAGAACUUUGAAGAAUUCAUGAGCUUUCUUGUGGAAAAUAAGGUUGAUCUUGGUGAUGUGAAGAAAGGUGUCGCUGGAGAGGAUCAUGAAUUCAAUCAUGAACUUCAAAAGAGCAACUCUGGGCUCAAAUUGUCUGAAAAAGAAAUCAGCACUGAACAUGAAACCGAAGCGAACGAACAAACACUAAGCAGUGAUCCAGCAGCACAGAGAUCUUCAUUUGAGGCAUUUAAGGAAGAAAACUGUCCCCUUGCUGAUCUCAAACCCUGUGGAAAAGAAAAGGACGAUGAGGAAGUAGGCAGUUCGAAAGAACUAGAUAGGACUAGUACAGAUGGAGGAGGAGAAAGUGCAGUAUCGGAAAAUCCUUCGAGUUCAAAAACCAAUUAUAUUUUCGUAAAAAAGAAUCUCUUUAGCAAGGAGCAAGAGCAAGAUGCAGGAGCUAUUGUGCCAUCAGAGUUGAUACUUAGGAGGAUCAAAUCCAAGAAUAGAAUUGAGUCCUAUCAGUUGGGGAAGCAGCUUUCUUUCAGGUGGAUAUCAGGUGCAGGGCCUAGAAUUGGGUGUGUGAGGGACUACCCGCCGGAGCUCCGAUUUCAAGCCCUGGAACAAGUAAACUUGUCGCCGAGAAGUGAUGGGGUGUCAAGAUUUGCUUCUCCUAGGAAAUCCAACAGUCCAAGAGCCAAGGAAGCAUCUUAGUAAGAACUGCACAAACCAUAGAUAUCAUAGAAGAAACCAGUCUCUUCGACAAAACAUGUUGAAAGGAUCGAAUUCAUCUUUUUGGUAGAUCUCUCCACAGAUGUAGAGUAUACUACACAAACUGUACACAAGAAAAUUGAUGUCACAGAAAAUAAAUUACACACUACAAGUUGUGGUUUUCAGACGGAUCUUAGUGCCAUUGUUGUGUUCAGACUGAUAA